AUGGCAAAAUCACCGAAACAGCGGUCGUCAUCUAAUAAAAAAUCACCCAGUAAAAGUCCGCGGAGUAAGGAUUCCAGUCUGAUACGAACUCGAACACGGAAAACUUCACGUUCCCGUAGUCGUAGUCGUAGUACCCAUGGUACACCGCGUUCACGUUCAAAUUCUCGUGGACGUUCGUCUUCAAAAAAGAAGACUGUUUCUCCAAUAGUCAAGAAAUUCGACGAUUCAACAGCGGACGUCAAAAAAGUUGUUCCUUUAUACCGCGGUUCGAAAAAUGACUCGGAUGUUAAGAACUUUCCAUUUUCGGGUAAAGGAGUACGGCAUCGUCCGCUAACAAUGCGUCUACUGAAACCGAUGAAUGUGAGCAACUUGAAGGUCAAAGGAAUAAAGCUUAAGCAACGUUUCUCUGUUCACUGCAAGCGGUUCUCGCGUUACUAUACUACAUUAACGGUCCUUGGAUUAAUCGGGCUGGGAAUCUUUUACACUGGAUAUACCGUAGAUCAGAUGGCGAAAUAUGCUCGUGAACGUAUGGACAUUAUUACGACGUAUGUUCAAAGACGCACUUAA